UCCAUUACAGCCAAUUCCAUUACAGUUGAUCCCUACAGCCGAUCCCGUUACAGCCAAUUCCAUUACAGUCGAUCCCUACAGCCGAUCCCAUUGUCGCUGAUCCCAUUACAGCCGAGCCCGUUACAACUUGUCCCCAUGGGUGCUCCCGCUACAGCUGAUCCUGUUACAGCCCAGCCCAUUACAACUGAUCCCAUUACAGCUGCUCCCUACAGCCGAUCCCCUUACAGCCAAUGCACUUGUAGCCGAUCCCGUUACAGCUGAUCCCAUUCCAGCUGAUCCCAUGACAGUCGAUCCCGUUACAGCCGAUCCCAUUAUAGCUGGUCCCUCCAGCCGAUCCCGUUACAGCCGAUCCCAUUAUAGCUGGUCCCUCCAGCCGAUCCCGUUACAGCCGAUCCCGUUACAGCCGAUCCCAUUAUAGCUGGUCCCUCCAGCCGAUCCCGUUACCGCCGAUCCCGUUACAGCCGUGCCCAUUCCAGCCAAUCCCGCCGCAGCCGCCGGUGCCGGGUGAUGGUGCCCGUCCCCGUCCCCGAGCUCUCCCCCGAGGCCUCCCGGCUCCUGGUCUCGGCCCUGCUGGCCCUCGCCGCCGGCCUCCUCCUCCUCAGCUUCCUCCCGCCCGCCCCGAGGGGGGGGCCCCCGCCAGCCAAGAAGAUGGCUCAGAUCCCGUCGGGACAUGUACACGCUGAGAACCUGGGCGCCGGCAAAGCCAUCGCCGUGCUCACGUCCGGGGGGGACGCGCAGGGCAUGAACGCAGCCGUCCGCGCCGUGGUGCGGGUCGGCAUCUACACCGGCGCCAAGGUCUACUUCGUGCAUGAGGGCUACCAGGGGCUGGUGGAUGGUGGGGACAACAUCAAGGAGGCCACGUGGGAGAGCGUGUCCAUGAUGCUGCAGCUGGGGGGCACGGUCAUCGGCAGCGCCCGCUGCCAGGACUUCCGGACGCGCGAGGGACGCCUCAAAGCCGCCCGGAACCUGGUGAAACGCGGCAUCACCAACCUCUGCGUCAUCGGCGGCGACGGCAGCCUCACCGGCGCUGACACCUUCCGUGCCGAGUGGAGCAGCCUCUUGGCAGAGCUGGUCAAAGGGGGAGGGAUCACGGCGGAGGAGGCGAAGAAGUCGAGUUACCUCAACAUCGUGGGCAUGGUGGGCUCCAUCGACAACGACUUCUGCGGCACCGACAUGACCAUCGGCACCGACUCGGCGCUGCACCGUAUCAUGGAGAUCGUCGACGCCAUCACCACCACGGCGCAGAGCCACCAGCGGACCUUUGUGCUGGAGGUGAUGGGGCGUCACUGCGGGUACCUGGCGCUCAUCACCGCCCUGGCCUGUGGUGCCGACUGGGUCUUCAUCCCCGAGUCCCCCCCUGAGGAUGACUGGGAAGACCACUUGUGCCGGAGGCUGACGGAGACCCGCCUGGGCGGCUCGAGGCUGAACAUCAUCAUCGUGGCCGAAGGCGCCAUUGACAAGCACGGCAAAGCCAUCACCUCGGACGACAUCAAAACGCUGGUGGUGAAGCGUCUGGGAUACGACACCCGGGUCACCAUCCUGGGCCACGUGCAGCGUGGUGGGACGCCCUCUGCCUUCGACCGCAUCCUGGGCAGCCGCAUGGGGGUUGAAGCUGUCAUGGCGCUGCUGGAGGGGACCCCCGACACCCCGGCCUGUGUCGUCAGCCUCUCGGGCAACCAGGCCGUGCGCCUGCCCCUGAUGGAGUGUGUGCAGGUGACCAAAGACGUGACAACAGCGAUGAACGAGGGGCGCUUUGAGGACGCCCUGAAGCUGCGGGGCCGGAGCUUCCAGAAUAACUGGAACGUGUACAAGCUGCUGGCGCACAUCCGCCCGCCCUCCACCAAGAGCGGUUACACACUGGCUGUGCUCAACGUGGGCGCCCCAGCUGCCGGCAUGAACGCGGCCGUCAGGUCAACCGUGCGCAUCGGCCUCAUCCACGGGCACCGCAUGCUGGCCGUGCACGACGGCUUCGAGGGGCUCGCCGAGGGCAAGAUAGAAGAGAUCAGCUGGGAGCGGGUUGGCAGCUGGACGGGGCUGGGAGGAUCCAAACUGGGGACAAAGAGGACCUUGCCCAAGAAAUACUUUGAGGAAAUCAGCAUCAACAUCAGCAACUUUGGCAUCCACGGGCUGAUUAUCAUCGGCGGCUUCGAGGCUUUCACGGGCAGCCUGGAGCUGAUGGAGGGAAGAGCCAAGUACGAGGAGCUCUGCAUCCCGCUCUGCGUCAUCCCCGCCACCGUCUCCAACAACGUGCCCGGCUCCGACUUCAGCAUCGGCGCCGACACCGCGCUCAACACCAUCACCACGACCUGUGACCGCAUCAAGCAGUCGGCGGCGGGGACCAAGCGCCGCGUCUUCAUCAUCGAGACCAUGGGCGGCUUCUGCGGCUACUUGGCCACCAUGGCGGGGCUGGCGGGGGGUGCUGACGCUGCCUACAUCUAUGAGGAACGCUUUAACAUCCACGACUUGCAGGUCAACGUGGAGCACUUAACUGAGAAGAUGAAGACGACGGUGAAGAGGGGGCUGGUGCUCAGGAAUGAGCAGUGCAACGAGAACUACACCAUGGACUUCAUCUUCAACCUCUACUCGGAGGAGGGAAAGGGCAUCUUUGACUGCAGGAAGAACGUGCUGGGGCACAUGCAGCAGGGCGGCACCCCGACCCCCUUCGACAGGAACUUCGGCACCAAAAUGGGUGCCAAGGCGGUGGCCUGGAUCACCGGGAAGAUCAAGGAGUGCUCCCGGCAUGGCCGGAUCUUCGCCAACACGAACGACUCGGCGUGCCUGCUGGGCAUGCGCAAGCGCAGCAUGGUCUUCCAGCCCCUCACCGAGCUCAAGGAGCAGACGGACUUCGAGCACCGCAUCCCCAAGGAGCAGUGGUGGCUGAAGCUUCGCCCCAUCCUGAAGAUCCUGGCCAAGUACAACAUCGAGCUGGACACCUCGGAGAAAGCCCACCUGGAGCACAUCACACGCAAAAGCGUCUCCCUUGAGUCCAGCAUCUAAGAGGCGAUCGGCAGCACGGCUUCCCCUGCCCCAGACAGCUCCUACCCCAGGGCAGCAGCUCCCACACCCCAAGGGCACCCGCUGCCGUGGCCACAAAGCUGCUUUUCCCCAAGCAGAGGGUUUCCUCGGGGUAGAUUUGGGCUUGGUUUAGGUAUUUUAUGGGCUUUUUAAACAGAAAAGCGGUUCCCCGCGUCUAGGUGGGAUUUCACGAUGAGCUGAGAGCAAGAGGUCCAGGGAGAGCCCCAGGGACACCACUUUAGUGUUAACGAUUCACAAUGAAGAUGCUUCAAUAAACUCCUCACUCUCUCAUGGUGGCAAACGUG